AUGGCGGAUAGUAGUUAUACCAAAAGAUCCAGAAAAAGUGAACCUGUCAGAAAUGCUGGAUGUCGAUUUCCUCGUUCUAGAAAGAUGGGUGGGGAUCAAUCUACAUUAAAUCCCGAAUCUAUGAAUGCUACUCCCUCCAAUCGGUCUCUUAGAAAAAGAAAGCCACCGAGGAUGUCAACGCCGGCUGGGCGCGAUCGCUCUGCACUUAGACGUCCUCGUCGACCAAAUUUUAGAGAGAAUGCUUCCAUAAAUAUAUCCGACAGUUCUAUGUCAGAAAUAUCCGACAUUGGCGAUAGCUCUGAACGUUCGAGACGAUACUCAUACAGGGAGAUUAGAAGAGCUAAAGAUCGAAUGGAACUGUAUAAAUUGAAGUCUGAUCCAAAAAUAAACGAUAAGCUUCUGCGGGAGUGUGAUGCUGAUAAACGUAGGUAUAUUGAGAAAGUCAAAGCAAGAGAUUCAUCAAGAUCUGAGGAUGAUUUUGAGACUCGGUUGGAUGAGUUGAUUAGACGUCAGAGGGAUAUUGAUAGGGGACGGUCCGCAGAUAUAUACGAGCAAUAUAUUUCGGAUAUAGCCAAAGUUGAUCGCGAAACCCAUCAUCCGCGAACACCAAACAAGUUCCGUAAGGUUUCUCGUCGUGCUUGGGAUGGUAUGGUCAAGAAAUGGCGUAGAACUCUUUAUAAUUACCAAUCAUUAGAUCCUGAUGAGCCCUACAGAAGCGAACUUUCGACCAUGGGAGAAGAUGACGAUGAUGAGCUAUCUGAUGAUGGCCUCUCUUCUCCUUGGACGGCCGUUAGGCAGCAACCCACCGAGGAAGCAGAGGAGGAUACAUUGCAAGCUGAAACUAAGGGAAAUCCUGUUACUUCGACAAUGGGUACUGAUGAAGACACUUUGGAUGCGAACGCGCCCUCGAUGAACUUGAGGAAACGUCGACCGUUUUCACCUAUGAAUAGGCGGGGACCAGCUGCAGAUGUGCUACAUUCUGGUUUAACCAAUGAUAUCAAUGCAAUCUCAAUGUCCAAGAAAUCAGAUGAAUCUACGUCCAAGCCGAUACAACCAAGGCGCAGAUCGUCUACACGAAGGAAGUAG